UCGGUCGGUGCGGCGUCUGCCCCUAGCGGGAGACGCCGCCCUGGCAAGGGCAAGGGGGGCAAGGGAGCUGGAGGAGCGGGCGGUGGAGGUGGAGGUGGAGGCAGUGGGGGGAGUGGGGGUAGCGGUGGAGGUGGAGGUGGGGGUGGGGGGUUCGGUGGCGGCAGUGGAGGCGGAGGCCGCGGCGGCGGUGGCGGUGGUAGCGGAGGUGGCGGAGGAGGCGGCGGUGGAGGAGGCGGUGGAGGCGGCGGCGGCAGUGGAGGCAGCGGAGGCGGUGGAGGCGGUGGGGGUGGCGGUGGAGCUGGUCGCGGGUCUUUGCAGAGGAGUGGCUCCGGUGGUGGCUCGCGCCAGCAGCAGCAGCGUGGUCCCCGAUCCGGGCAUUGAGACUGUUGCUCUAGGUACUGGUGAGGCUGCUGCCCUAGGUGCUUACGACGCUGCUGCUCCAGGUGCUGGUGUGUCUGCGUCCUCAGGUACUGGUGAGUCUGCUCUCUCAGGUACCGCAUCGGCUUCGGCCUCUCUCACCUUCACUCUUGACUCUGGGGCGUCUCGCUCCUUCUUUCGGGACCGCACCACACUCACGCCGCUUAGUCGGCCGGUUGCGGUGUCUCUGGCUGACCCCUCUGGGGGUCCGGUCCUGUCUCGUUUCUCCACAGUCCUCCCGUGUCCGGCGGCUCCCUCUGGCACCCUAUCUGGUCUCUACCUCCCCUCGUUCUCGACGAACCUGGUGAGUGGUGCUGACCUACAGGAUGCGGGUGUCCACCAGUUCACUCCUGCACGUCAGCGAGUGACCCACUGUACAGAGGCUGGCACAGGCCGACACCUGGCUACGUUCACCCGUCAGCCGGGGUCGAGCCUGUACACUCUGACCACUGCGUCUCCUCCAGUUGCUGAGUCUGGUAGGGUAGUUACGUCGGGUCAGGUGUUUGCUGCGGCGUCCAGGUCUGGUCCUGAGUCUGCCCCCUGUUCGUGUCGUCUCCUGUCUCACGAGACUCUCCUCUGGCACCACCGCCUUGGCCACCCCUCUCUCCUUCGGCUCAGAGGUAUGGCCUCCCGUCUUCUUGUGUCCGGUCUCCCCCGGUCCCUCCCUCCCCUUCCUCAGGGCCCUGGCCCUGCCUGUGUCCCCUGUGUCGAGGGGCGCCAGCGUGCUGCCCCUCACUCCUCCCAGUUUCCUUCGACAGAGGCCCCGUUGCAGACACUUCACAUGGACGUGUGGGGCCCAGCCCGCGUCCGUGGACAGGGUCACGAGCGCUACUUCCUGCUCGUUGUUGACGACUACUCGCGUUACACCACAGUCUUCCCCUUGCGCAGCAAGGGUGAUGUCACUGAGAUGCUGAUCGACUGGAUCCGCGCAGCUCGUCUCCAGCUCAGGCAGAGCUUCGGCUCGGACUUUCCUGUUCUGCGUCUGCACUCGGACAGAGGCGGAGAGUUCUCCUCUGGCCUUCUGCGUGCCUACUGUCGUGCACGGGGCAUCCGUCAGACCUUCACGCUUCCGGACUCACCGCAGCAAAAUGGGAUUGCUGAGCGCCGCAUUGGCAUGGUCACGGACGUCGCUCGCACGUCUAUGAUGCAUGCGGCUGCCCCCCAUUUUCUGUGGCCGUUUGCGGUGAGGUACGCGGCGCAUCAGAUCAACCUCCACCCCAGGGUCCCCCCCAGGUAA